AUGGAUUUAGGAUGUGGGCAUGGAUUAUUAGGCAUUUAUGCCCUUUUAAAAAAUGCCGCAUAUGUUCUUUUUUAAGAUUUCAAUUACGAAGUAUUAAGUAUAGCAGUUCGAAUGAAUUUAGAUUUAAAUAAAGUACAGAAAUUGGACGAAAGAGUGAUUUAUUUAUCAGGAGAAUGGAAUGAUUUGGACAAAAAAAUAGACCAAUAAUUAAACGAAAUACAAUUUAUUGAAAAAAAUAUAAAAUUAAAUUCGUACCAAAAAUAAUUUGAUAUGCUCUUAAUGUCUGAAGUAAUAUAUAAUGUUGAAAAUUACGAAAAAGUAAUUAAUUUGGUACUUAAAUUUAUGAAAAAAGAUGGUGUUUCUAUAUUAGCAAACAAACUUUAUUAUUUUGGAGUCGGAGGUUCAAUGCCUGAAUUUAAAUAAUUCGUAUUAAAAUAUUACUUGAAUAUAAUUUUUUUUAUUAUUUCUACUGUUGUCAUUUUUUAAGUAUUUUUUUAUUGA